AUGGUUCGUCAAAUGCUUUCCACCCCUCAAGGCACAAGCCUUACUUUCUCCACUCCAAAUCUACACAGAGUAAUACAACUACUUGAUUUUGCAUCGGAAAAAGUUGUGAAACAUGUGGAGGGCAAGGCACACUCAAUUGGCCUUUCAUCACCGAGUGCCGCUUCUUCUUCACAUGAUCUGGUAUCAGACGUGCAGCAAACAAUGCAACAACUUCAGUCUGUUAAGCUCGUGGAGGUGGAGGAUACUAAGAUGCCGGUUGUUGCUCCUUUGUCAAGCUCCAAGAACAAUUUGGUGGGAGUUGAUGCAAAUCUGCUGCAGUUGAAGGAUCGACUUACAAAUAUGCAGACCAAGCUGGAGAUCAUCCCUAUUACUGGGAUGGGUGGCAUAGGUAAGUCCACUCUUGCUCGAAAUCUUUAUGAUGAUCAACUCAUUAUUACUCACUUUGAUUAUCGUGGUUGGGCUGCAAUUUCACAACUUCCCAAUAUGCGAGAUAUUCUAUUAAGUCUUCUUCGUUGCCCAAUCGAAAAGAUUGAUGAUGAACUAAAGGGACGUAAUAAAAAUGAGUUGAAAGAUAUAUUGUAUAAGAGGUUGUUUGGGCGCAGAUACAUGAUUGUGUUAGAUGAUAUAUGGAUUACCAAUUUCUGGGAUGAGAUAAGGAUGUAUCUCCCAAACAACAAUAACGGGAGUCGAAUUAUGAUCACCACCAGGGAAUCACAUGUGGCCCAAUAUGUAGCAAACUCUAAGGGUCCGCAUUAUGACAUGCAACUGCUUAAUAUGUCAGCAAGUUGGGAUCUACUUCGCCAAACUGUAUUUGGAGAAGAGGAUUGCCCUCUCGAAUUACAAGGGAUUGGGAGUAAGAUUGCAAGCGAAUGCGGUGGGCUUCCCCUUGCAAUUCACGUGAUUGGUGGGAUUUUGUCAAAGGUUGAAAGAUCAAAAGAUGUGUGGGAGCAGAUUUCAACAGAUGUAAAAGCUUCCAUUGUUGAUUCAGACGAGCGGUUCUCCAAUAUACUUUCCCUGAGUUAUAACCACUUACCCAUUUAUUUGAAACCAUGUUUCUUAUAUAUGGGAGCUUUACCAGAAGAUCAUCAGAUUAAGGAAUCUAGACUUACGAGUCUAUGGAUAGCUGAGGGAUUUUUGAAAUCUAAUGGUGAUAAGAGUUUGGAGGAAGAGGCUAAGGAUUAUUUAAAACUUCUCGUGGAGAGGAAUCUACUUUUGGUUACACGAAAAAAGUCCAAUGGGAAAGCAUUGAGUUACUCUAUCCAUGAUCUUUUGAGGGAUUUAUGCAUAAGGAAAGCUAAUGAGGAGAAGUUUUUACACGUUAAGGAUUCCAUGCGGCGUGUAAGUGUUGAGUCAUCAUAUGACAUGGAAGAUGUGUGUGCUUCACCACAAUUAAUGUCAUUCGCCCGAUCUUUUAUAUGCACUAAUGAUAAGAUUAAUAUAUCUCCUGUUUUUGGAAUAUUAAGAUUAGUUAGGGUGCUAGAUGUACUGGAUAUGUUAUUCGAGGAGUUCCCAAAAGAAAUUUUACAACUUGUAAACUUACGCUACUUAGCUAUCAACUGCCCCUCGGGUUUACCUGAUGGAAUAUCAAGAUUGCAAAAUCUGCAGACCUUGAUUUCUGCACAUUUUGUUCGCUAUGUACCAUCUGAAUUGUGGGAGAUGUAUGAGCUAAUACAUAUUAGGUUGAAGCACACAAUAAUCAAGAUCAAGAAGAUGAAAUUUGAUCUCAAGAAGCUGCAGACACUUUACAUUGUGUGGAUAAGUCCUGAUCUGAUUAGUAGUGGCUUUUUUGAAAGAAUUCCAAAUAUCAUAAGGUUGGGAAUCUAUUAUGAAGACUCACCAAACAUUGUUGUUGAUCUUAGCCAUCUUCACAAGCUCGAAAUAUUGUAUUGCAAUUCUGAACUGGAUAAAGAUGGUAGUCGUUUUCUGCACAAACUCAGAUUUCCAUCUAAUCUUAGAAAGUUAAGUCUUCAUAGUUGUGUAGUAUUUAGGAGUUUGUUGACAACUCUGUGUACACUACCGAAUCUGGAAGUGCUGAAAAUAGUGGAAUGUGUAUUUCAAAGAGAGGGAGAGGGAGAGGCAGAGGAAGAGUGGGAGGCGACAGAAGGAGGUGAAUUCCGCUCACUGUUGUUCCUACAGUUAGAAUCCUUAAAUCUGGUGCACUGGAAAGCCAAUGAGACCAAUUUCCCUAAACUCCGGACCUUGUUUGUAGUCGGCUGCUAUAAGCUAGAGGAGAUCCCUAACGCCAUGGGAGAUAUCCCAACUCUCCAACAAAUUCAUAUUCGUGAAUGUGGUGCUUCUAUAGUGGCCUCGGCACAACAAAUUCUAAAGGUGCAGCAAGAAGAGUACGACAACUUUGACCUCAAAUUGUAUAUACGUUAGAACCCAAAAGGUUGUAUUGCUGCAAGUUUUGCUGGUGUUUGUGGGCCAGAAAGAGAUCAGAGAUAGAGAGAGGAUGCAAAGCUAUUUGUGGGAUUUUAGUUGUACCUCUCAUUCCAGAACUAUUUCUGGGACUUUAGUUUCUGAUUGUUUUUGUUUUUGGUUGUUAUAAAUUGAUCUCGAAUUUAAUGCCUUGAA